AUGCCACUUACGUCCGUUUAUUUGGGUUUGAACGGAAUGAGUAUAUCAAUGACCGAUUUUUAUUAUAGACAUUUAUCACAAUCAAAUAUCUGCCAUCGUCUUAUUUCAUUAUGUGUCUCCGAUACAUUAUCUAUUAAUAACGGUUUAUGGUUAUCAUCACAUCUAUCUACAUUUAUCAAUCUUCGUUAUUUAUCUUUAAUUGACAUUAAACGUUCUUCUUUUGAAUUGAUUCUCAAUUCAGUGUCACCCAUGAACUCUCUCAUCAUAUUUAGUGUACGCUUUGCAACUUUUUAUCGUGCUGCUUAUACGUUUAUCGGUGUGCCUGAAGGUGCUUAUUAUGAACGAAUUUUUCACUUAUUCCCAU